ACUGUCAGGUGACAAACGAUAUCGCACAAUCAAAAUAAACACGUUCUUAGCAAGAGUGAUAAGAUCAUUGUAGAAGCAAAGCAAUACAUUUUAAUGCGUACACAAUUUAAUGCUAUACGAAAAAUACCAACAUGAUUUCCAGAAUAUUAGCGACCACGACUUCUUUCUCUUCUGCUAGGAACGCAUACUUCGUAAAAAUUGUUACAUUUUCCUCAAAGACACCGGAUAAGCCAAUAAGUCCCCGAAUGGAAGAAUUCCAGAAAAAACUACGAGAGAAGACACCAAUUGGUAAAUUGGACGAGCUUACAGGCAACCAUCCUUACCAAGAAAAGGAGCCUCUUCAAUCAUGGCCCGACAAUACAAAUCCGAACACCGGUGAAGUUGGUGGGCCGCGAGGUCCUGAACCUACCCGUUAUGGCGAUUGGGAACGAAAGGGACGGGUGUCCGAUUUUUAGUUGCUGGAAAUUAUAAGAUUUCCCAUAAUUGUGUACAUAGUAUGCUUAAAAAAUAGAUCUUAACUACCGUUAAAUGCAUAAA